UGAACCACGACUCCCAGAUGUCUUUGCUUUGUUAGAUUAGCCGUCCCAUCUGUCAGGAAAAAAGGGAGCAAGCUGGAAAAGCAGGCACAACUGCUCUGCCUCUAAACACAACGCAUGCCAGGGGAAUGUUACGCAUAAGGAAAUAAGGGCUUGAUAAUCCUGGCUGCUUUGUUCUUGACAUCAGGCCUCCAAUCUCUUUACUCCAUCAGGAAUUCUCUUCAAUGCCUGCAGCAGUUCAGUUACUAAGGUGAAAUGGACUGGGACACGUCGGCAGCAAUGCAAGUGGGAAUGCGAGUGGUGAGAGGAGUGGACUGGAAAUGGUCUAACCAAGACAAUGGUGAAGGCAGCAUGGGCACAGUGGUAGAGAUUGGACGUCAAGGAAGCCCUACUACUCCUGACAAAACAGUAGUCGUCCAAUGGGAUCAUGGCACCAGGACUAAUUAUCGAACUGGUUUCCAGGGAGCUUAUGACCUUCUGCUGUAUGAUAAUGCUCAGACAGGUGUCCGCCAUCCCAACAUCAUUUGCGACUGCUGCAAGAAGCAUGGAAUCCGUGGCAUGCGCUGGAAGUGCAAAGUCUGUUUUGACUAUGAUCUGUGCACACAGUGCUACAUGAACAACAAGCACGAUUUGUCCCAUACCUUUGAGAGAUAUGAGACCGCCCAUUCCAGACCAGUCAUACUGAGCACACGGCAGGGCUUGCCACGGAUUGUGUUAAAAGGAAUCUUCCAAGGUGCAAAAGUGGUGCGUGGUCCUGACUGGGAAUGGGGAAACCAAGAUGGUGGGGAAGGUAAAGUUGGCCGAGUCGUAGAUAUUCGUGGCUGGGAUGUAGAAACUGGCCGCAGUGUGGCAAGUGUAACAUGGACUGAUGGUACCACUAAUGUGUACAGAGUUGGCCACAAGGGAAAGGUGGAUCUUAAGUGUAUUACUGAUGCUCCAGGAGGACAUUAUUACAAGGAUCACUUGCCCAAGCUUGGUAAACCUGCAGAGCUGCAAAGAAAGGAGAGCUCAGAAAGAUACCCAUUUCAGCAUGGAGACAAAGUGAAAUGUCUUUUAGAUAUUGAAAUCUUAAGAGAAAUGCAGGAAGGACAUGGGGGAUGGAACCCUAAAAUGGCAGAGUUUAUAGGUCAGACUGGAACAGUUCACAGAAUUACAGAGCGAGGUGAUGUCAGAGUUCAGUACAACAGCGAGACUCGAUGGACUUUUCAUCCUGGGGCUCUAACAAAGCAAAACAGCUUUUUGGUUGGUGAUGGUGUGCGUGUGAUGGAUAACAUGAAUGCAGUGAAGAAGCUCCAAGUUGGUCAUGGGGAGUGGACAGAUGAUAUGGUUUCUGCUCUGGGUCAAAUUGGUAAGGUGAUCAAAGUUUUUGGGGAUGGAGACAUGAGAGUUUCUGUUGGAGGGCAGUCCUGGACCUUCAACCCUGCCUGCCUCACCUCAUACCAGCGAGAAGAGGAUGCCAACCUCAUGACCACUGAAAAUGCCAAGGAGUCUAAAAACAUCCUCGUUUCAAUAUUAGAAAAGCUGCUUUCUCAGAAGACUGAUUGUGAAAGUCCAACGUCUUUGGUUAUUGAAGCAGCCCAGGGCGAUACAGCCAAAGUCAUGGAGAUGCUCCAGAAAUACCCUGACAAGGUGGAUAUUAAGAAUCAGGGCAGGACAGCUUUGCAGGUUGCCUCCCAUUUAGGCUACAUGGAGGUGGUGAAGGUUUUGCUUCAAGCCAAUGCAAACAUUGACCUCAGGGAUGACGAGGGGGACACUGCUUUGCAUUAUGCUGCUUAUGGAAAUCAGGCUGGCGUGGUGAGAGUUUUGUUAUCUAAAGGAGCCAAUACAGAACUGUUGAAUAACGCCAAGUGUACAGCACUCUACAUUGCAGUAAACAAAGGCUUCACAGAGGUAGUUCAAGUCCUGUGCAACCCAAAUUGUGCCAUCAACCUGCAGGACUCCUUCGGGGACACACCUCUGCAUUAUGCAAUCACAGCAGACUUUAGAAGCAUCAUUGAGAUCCUCUCUGAAGUGCCCAAUAUAGAUUUCACUGUGCAGAACAAUCAAGGGUUUAAUCUACUGCAUCACUCAGCUCUCAAGGGAAAUGUCCUUGCUGUAAGAAAGAUCCUGGAGAGAGCACGGCAGCUUGUAGACUCUAAAAAAGAAGAUGGUUUCACUGCCCUACAUCUUGCAACACUCAACAACCACCAGGAAGUAGUAGAGAUAUUGAUCAAAGAGGGCCGCUGCGAUGUCAAUCUCAGGAAUAACAGAAACCAGACCCCUUUGCAUUUGGCCGUCGCCCAGGGACACAUCAGCUUGGUGCAUCUCUUGGUGACUGAGGGUGCCAAUGUAAAUGCGGAGGAUGAGGAUGGAGAUACGCCAAUGCACAUAGUAUUUGUGCGGCAACAUCUCAAAUCCAUUGAAUCUCAGCAAGAAGGCAAUGGAUCGCCAUUGCUCACUAAGUUGGAAGCCUCUGGGUUGCUGGGAAAUAUAGAGCUGAAUGUUGGUUCGGGUAUGGCUUGCUUUUUAGCUCUGUCUGGAGCUGACAUCAACUAUGCCAAUCACCGUGGGAAGUCCCCCCUGGACCUAAUUACAGAUGGAAGGAUAGCACACCUUGUGAAAAACUUUUCGCAGAAAUUCAGAGAACAAAUGGAGUCAGACUUACCAACCAUCAGCUGCAGCCUCCGCAGAGUCCAAACUACUCCCAAUACUAUGACCAACCUCAGCCCCUCUAGUGCCAGCAGUCCUGCAGAGUGUUUAGUAUGCUCUGAGCUGACCGCACUAAUCAGUUUCUUCCCUUGCCAGCACAGCAUAGUAUGUGAAGAAUGCUCCAGGCGAAUGAAGAAAUGCAUCAAAUGUCAAGUGUCCAUAUCAAAGAAGCUUAGGCAAGACAGCACUGAAGUUGAAUGCAGUCCCAGCAUAGAAUUGUCAGACCAGAAGAAAAUAAUGGAAGAGCUCCAGAAUCGAUACCGCCAGAUGGAGGAAAGGAUCACCUGUCCUAUUUGUAUCGACAGUCACAUCAAGCUGGUGUUCCAGUGUGGACAUGGGUCUUGUACCGAAUGCAGCUCUUCCCUCACUGCCUGUCCCAUAUGCAGGCAGGUUAUCAGAGAGAAGAUACAGAUAUUUGUCUAAGUAGGAAAGUAAGUGCUUCUUCUGGAUCUGAGACGUAACUUUGGAUCAGUAGACACAAGCAACAUGUCUGUGCCAAGCAUGGCUGUGUAUAUCUCUUCUUCAUGGCAAGACAUUCUGAAUGGGAAUAAAGGGAUGACUCUGUAUGAAGAGUUCUCUCUGUAUUAUUUGCAUUGGAAGGGCUAAUCAAUACUGCAGUCUUCCUGAAGGAAUUUAUUUUCCAGAGGGGCAAUUAAGCUCCACUAAAUCAUCUUGUUACUGAAAUGAGGAUUUCAUCUCUGCCCAACCUACGAUUUCUUUUGCUGGUUCUUAUCUUAUUUGUGUUUCUGCAAUACACCUGAUCCACUGCCUUCCAAAUGUCUCUUUCAUACAGGUUCAUCAGGUCACAUGAAAUAAAGCAAUACAUUGAGUAUGUCACAUUGAACUUACACGACUGCAGUGUUUUAUAGUUUUACUAAUGACAUGGUAGAACAAAUAGCAAGAAGAUGUAUUUCUAUGUGGUUUGACCUAUCAAACUUGCCAUAGUUCUUGUUUCAAGGGGCAUUAAUGCAUUAGAAACAGGUGGCUCUUGUUAAAGUGUUUGUAAAUUCAAAUAAAUGUAUAUCUAUUUAUAUCUAUAUACCUAAAUUAUUCAUAUAUUAUAAAAUGUGUAUAAUCGUACUAUUCAUUGGGAUUUAUUUUCAAAAUACUCUGUUUAUUUGUUUCGGUGAAGGCAGAUGUUUGUGGGGGACCAUUUCCCUCCAUUCCUUUCUGUCCUCUCUGGCCAAUCACUACAAAGAGUGUAACAGAGUGACCAAUUGUGAGCAAGCUGACAAACAUGCUAUUCUGCUCUACUACAUCCACUGACAGAGAAGGUAACGGAAACAUGGUUAGAAUGAUACAAUUUGUUUUUUGAGUCUGACUCAUUUUUAGUGUUCAUCACUCAGAAGCUAUAGCGCCGUUAACAUAUUUAUUUAAAUGCAUUAGUGCCCCUUUAAUAAGCAAGACUGUGGGAAUGAAAGCUCUUUCUUGCCAAAGUCUCCACCCUGAGUGUCGGUGCAGGUACGUGGAGAAAAUGUAGCCAGAGUACCCAGCAGCAUCUUGUGUAGCAGAUCUGCCCGUGGCUCUAGCCCAUAGUUGGUUUACAGAGACGCCAUCUUGAACUGGUGGUGGACAGAGUUGCCUAGCAAAUCCAUCUUUGCUUAUUUUACUCUGUGUAUAAAGUGCAAAAAUGUGUAUAGUGCUGAAAUAAAAGCAGUCUGAUUAAUAUUA